AUGACUGAUGCUGCAAAUGCUCGCAGUGCGAGUUUAGUCGAUAGUACUUCUGACUCCGAAUGUCUACAAGAAAAAUCUGAUGAAAUCAAUAAUGUCAAUGUCUCGUCCGGAGUUACUUCAAAUACAGAUGAUAUCGUCGGAAAUGGAAUUACUAUAAAAAUAACCGCUGAUAAUGCCUCUAUUGUCAAUGCGGAUGCUACUGAUGAUCGACAGAACAACGAUAAAGUAAACGUUUCGAUCGAUUCUCAAGAAAAAAAAAUAUUAGAUUCUCAGGACGAUGAAGCUGUCGCUUUUAAAUCUCAAUUUGAUGAAAUUUCAAAUAUUUCAAGAAUGUUGGAAAAUGCAAAGGCAAAUAACAAUUCUUAUAACAAUCGGUACCAUGGAUCCCCUGGGCGGAUGCAUUCCGGGUUUUCUUCAAACUAUUUAUCGUCACAGAGAAGAGUGAAUGUUCGCUCGCACCAUCGGUCCCUUUCUCACCCAUCAUUGCCAACUCGUCAUACUUUACAAAACAAGCGUAAUCCUGGUUCCUUUUAUGCUGGUCAUCACAGAUUGGCUUCUUUACCUUCUCCUUAUACCGGGAUACCUUAUUCUGGAUUUGAUUUAUCUGGUCAAGAUGAGGACUUGCAUUUAAGUUUUGAUGACCCUUUAACUAUGAUUGAUGAUUCUUCCUCAAAAUUUGAUUCGGAUUGGGAUAUGUCAUCUCCAAUAUCUUCAACUCCUGGCUUUCCUUCGUCCCCAAGUUCUAUCGAUCCGUUUGCUUCACCGUUAUCCCCAAAUAAUCUUAUGAAUUCUUUAUUAGAUGAUGAUGAAUUAGCGGAAAGACAAUUAAUGUUAGAAGAAGAACGAAAGAUACUUCAAAUGAAACGUCAUGAAUUAGAUAAUGCUAUCUAUAAAUUACAUUAUCAAAAUAAUUUUGAAUCAAAUUUAAACCAUUCUUUGUCUUCUUUGAUAGAAACAAAAAGAGGUUCUUCAUCCACAACUCCUUCUUUAUCAAGACAGACUAGUUUUUCAAAAAAUUUAUCCCCUCAGCAACCAAGAUUUCAACCCAUUGGUCCUCCUAUUAAAAAACUUGCCACUUGUGAUUAUUCGGUUUCUUCUACAAUGUCAAGUUCAGCUCCUUCUCAAUCUACCUUUUCUUUAUUCUCUAAAUCUCCUAGUCUUUCUCUUAAUCAUACUUUCUUACCUACGGUUAAUGAGCAAAGAUUAUCUAAUGUUCUUAACGAUGAAAAAUUAAAUGAUUUCUCUUUGACCGGUUAUCCGUUAACUCCGUCGGGUACUCCUCCUAAAUAUGUUGAUCGGGAUUAUCUUUUUCCUUCUCCUUUUCAUUAUUCUGCUAAUCAUCUUAGCCCUAAAAUUUGGUCAAAUCAUAAUGAUGCUUCUCACUCAAAGUCUUUUCGAACUCUACCAAAACGGGAUUAUUAUAGCGCUCCAACAACUCCAAAUUAUUAUACCCCACCUACUCCUCAAUUUAAUCGAAGUUCUCAACAUGCUCUAAAUCAAUUAUCUAUUGGUCAUUUCACUAAAGCUAAUUCAAGUUCGCUAUAUUCUUCUCCAGUUGAUGAACGUGAUGAAUUGUGGCAUGGUGAUGAAGCUUUUAAUCCAAUUUUAACACCACCUGAAAUUUCUUCUAUGAAUAAAUUUUCUCCUUCAAUUAAUAAUGAUGAGAAUAAUUUACUCAAUAAAAAUAGUUCUUGUCAUCAAUUACAUAAUAUUGUUCAGCCUAAAUUAUUUUCUUCAACUCACAAAAUUGGCGGUGAUUUUUUUUCUUUGGUUGGCAAUCAAGCAGCUUCUGAUUCUCAUUAUGAUGGGUUAACUCAUGAUAAAGGGAUGAGAAUAAAUGGACUUUACAAACUUGAAGUCAUGUAA